AUGCCCUUUCAGCUUAUCGUGGAUAUAUCGAUUCAGAAACCGUCUUCAAUCAAUUGUUUUUCCUGUACUCUUCAGGCCCUGGUCGGCGUGACGAAUCGGAAAUGUUUCUGCCAAAGAUGCGUCCAUAUCAGCAAAAGUUGGACUGGCAAGGCGUCUUCCCAUUAUGGAUCAUACGCGGGAUCUGGAUCUAAAGUGCACCGCAUCAAGGUCGAUGAGCAAGCUGGAUUUAUUUUAACCAGCUUCCGAGAUGGCGGUCUACUGGUAAAUGAUCUCGUAGACGACCAGGUAUUAUGGUCGCUACCGAAGGAAGGAACAAAUGCGAGUGGAUUUCCUCCUACUCCUUCACAAUCGAACACUCUUCCAGACCAAAUUUCCGCCUCCGAGGAAUCUUAUCAGAAACAUGCUGCUACAUACUCCAAAGGAUAUUUCAAACCAUGGGCAAUUCUGAAGAUACCCCGACUCACUAGUGCUUUCCGGUUCGUUUACCCAACUCUCCUAGUCGGGGCUCGGGAUCAUUCUUUCCUAUGGGACACCCCCUCUUACGAGCUUGUGCACACGAUCCCGUCGAUCCGGGCGGCCGAGAAUUCCAGUUCUGCUUUUGUAGUCGUGGUGGCAAACGCCCCUUCUUUGGAUGCUCCUGCUCUCAGAUUUGGUCCUCUGGGACAUCUCAAUUACGUUGACGUGGACGAAAAGCAUAUAUUCAUCUGUGAUCUUACUGCGUUGCGUGUAUUUUCUCGUGCAACAGGAGAAUGCGUCCUUGACGUAUCUUCCGCAAGACGAGAAUUUGGUGCAGCACUUGUGAACCACUUCACCCAUGGUAAAGAGUUUGCACUAUCCUCGUCGUCUUUUCAACCACGGAUCAUUGAAGAGUUCGUUGCCGUACAUGCCUCUUCUUGUGGCCGACACCUCGUCGCGAUGUUGGAUAGCGCGCGGGUGGUGAUAUUAGAAAACUUUCAAGAAGGUCCCUUCUCAUAUACGAUCGCAUGGUAA